UAGCACAGGCAAUGGAACCCCAUUCUCCGAGCAAUGAGGUUUAGAGUUGUUUCUUCGUUGCACGUAUUCUAAACAGAAAAAACUUCAAAUUUUCCAACAGAGUAAAGAGAGGAUAUUAACCUUCCUAGUUCCUAUUAACCUAGAGGAAAAAUCGCAAAUCUCUGAGAUAGCGUUAAUUUCAAAACCCUAAAUGUCGGACACUUUAGAGAGAUACCAAAAAUUAAGAUUGAGAGAAUCUUUAUCCAGGGUUUAUGAUUACCCAUCAGUCUGCAACGAGCUUAGCUUUAUCUUAAGAGGUGUUUACGCCAAGGUUUCAAAGAAUAUCCAAUCGAUCAUCUUUGAGGACACUCUUUCUGCUAUUCGACUCCUCCCCCAGGUGCAUACAUGUAGGGGAAAGGUAGCAGCUAAUCUCCUAUUACAAGCAGCAGAGGCAGUGUUGCCCAAACAGAAGAGAACUUCGGCAGUUGCAGAGUUCAAGCAUGCUGUAGUUGAAUAUAAAAGACGUUGUAAAGGUCAAAAGAAUGAAGAAGGUUCAGCAGAAUCAGCACAACUACCCCAAGAUGUUCUAAUCCAUCUCUUCAGUUUCCUGGAUAUGCAAUCUUUGGUUACCGUUGGUUUAGUUUGUUGGUCUUGGAGCUUUGCAGCAAAUGAGAACCAUCUCUGGAAGUUACAAUAUGCUACUUACUUUAGGAGUUCAGAUGAUCACAGUAAGCAGAUUGGUAAACUGGCAGUGGACUGGAGUACGGCUUCAUAUAAGAUGGAAGCAAGCGAUUGCCUGAAAACUGUUUAUGACUGGAAAAAAGCCUUUAAAAUAUCAUAUGUAGAAAAAUUUCCUUCAAAGAUCUUGUCAAAUAGGGGAUAUUGUGGGCAUUGUAAGUCAAUAGUUUGGCUUAGUAAUAUGAAGUGUACCAACGUGCACCAUGCAGUAAUACUUGAAGGACAGCAAACGAAGCUGAUAUCGUCACCGCAGGUUGUCGAGUAUCUGCUCAAGGACUCUUUAUCAACAUGUUCAUCUUCAGAUAGUGAAAAUGAUUCAGAUGGAGAUUCUGUAUCAAAGCUAUGGGCCUACCAGAAAUACCGGAAACAUAUAGGAAGCUCCAGGAAGAAGAGCUUUGAUGGCUGAAUAUGCUAAGGUGUUUUACUAUUUCAAUGGAAGUAGUCUGCACUGGGUUAUUUCACUACAUAUUUUUUCAGAUGGAAGAUAUUCUUAUACUGUCUUUGUAAUUUGUAAAUAUCCCCAUGAAGGAAUGAACAUCUUUGGCAAAGGAAGGUGCUCCUUGGCAGUUCUGUUGUAUUUCAUUUACAUUUUGAACAGUGUGUUAGAGUCCCAGUUAAUAGUUCCAUGUGUAUCUAAUUAUUUUCUCACUACACGUGGGGUGAACGUACCGUAUUGUUUUUAAGUAAGAUUAAUUUAGGUUAUUCAACUCCC